AUGGGCGCUGAGCCAGCCUUGGACAUGGUUGUCUGGUUUCCCGUGAGAUCCAACUCAAAAUUUUUCCUUUCACUGCUGCCAAUUGAUGGAGGAAAGCUACAGCAGGAGGAUCCAACCGCUGCUAUAGAAAAGAGGAGGGAAGUCGUAAUCCGAGGCCUAAUUGAAUACAUGGGGGAGAAGCCAGGAGACUUGAUUUCAGAUCUACAGAGUCUGGAGGAAACUGAAGACACUCGGCAGAAUAUCGCCUAUCCAGUGAAGAUUGUCAAAGUUGGUGACACUAUGGAGGAGGAGAUGCAGCAGCUCAGGGAGCAGCUGGCUCAGCUUAAGGCGGACAAUGAGCGACUUCUUCACAAUGGGGCGUCAAAUCCGGCUGGCCCGAGCGGGGCUUCCCAGGCCUCGGGCGUCUCCACUGGUCAAGCUCGGUCGCUGGGCUUUCACACCCCCACUACAGACCGAGUGCUUGUGAUGACGCGGGACCGAAAAUGCCCUCUGUUUAAUGUGUCCUCCCAGGCAGAGGCUGAGUCGAUCCAGGGCAGAUUGGAGGAGGCGGACCUGUCCGCCCUAAAGGAGGAGGAACGGGCAGGAGUCAGGGCUUUGUUGCAGAAGUACAGGGACGUGUUCGCGGCACAUGAGGGCGACUUGGGGUGCACCAGCUUGGUUGACCAUGAAAUCCCUCUGCUUGAUGACAGUGUGUUCUCUGCAUUUUCACUCUGGUAA